AUGAUUCUGAAAUUGUCAAUGGUUUUGCUACUAAUUCAAUUAUUUCUGGAUCUUCCAAAUGUCUCAGCACAAACUUUUCAUUACAACUUUAAAAACGCUUCAUCAACUGACUACAGAUGUGACUGCCUAUUUAUAACAUUACAGCAACCGUUUCAUAAAAUCACAGAAGUGUCAAAACCACAUUUAACUGGUAAAACUGACGAUAGUGUGACUUCAAUUUAUUUUACUCCUGGAUCAACAUUCCAAGAAUUCCCAUCGAUGAUUUGUGACAAGUUUAAAAAUGUAUUAUCAAUUUUUAUAGACAAUAGUGUUGAAAUAAUCAGAGAGAAAGCAUUUGAAAAGUGCACAAAAUUGGAGAGAAUUUUCCUUUAUGUCAUUGAUGGACUUGAUGAAAAAAUGUUUAGUAAAAAUUCAAAGCUUCAUACAGUCAGCAUCAAGAGUAGAACCUUAAAAACUUUAUCGAAAAAUAUUUUUACAAGCAUAAAUCAGACUUUGACUAGCUUUACCCUGUAUAUAGCUUCGGAUUCAUUCAGAUUUCCAGAUAACUUUGUCAGUUCAUUGACAAAUCUGAAAACUAUAUUUUUUCAAAUAUUUGAUCUUGUGGAUCUGCCACAAAACUACUUUGAAAAUUUACAAAAUCUUAUAAAUCUACGCAUUCCAUUGUGUAACAUUCGUGACCUUCCAAAAGACAUUUUUAAACCUUUAAAAAAUUUACAAUACAUUGAUUUAUCAUCUAACAAGUUAACAGCAAUUCACGCCGAUUCCUUUGGAUCACAUCCAGAUUUGAUGGUUGCUGACUUUGAUGGAAAUAAUUUAGUGUCAUUUGAUCCGAAAUUUUAUCAAUUUACAAGCUUAUUGUAUGUAAGUUUUGCUGGAAGUUGUGGUACGCAUGAACGAUUGGAACUGAAUUUUGAUAAAUCUAUCACCAAGAAUCAAGACAAUGACUGUACUAAGAAUUAUAAGCCACGAUAA